AUGGAUAGGCGUGUCAUCCUCCUGGCCGAGCCAGCGCCGUUGCUCGACCUGAGGUUCGACCGCAGGCAACACGAUGCUGGCGAAGGCGGUAGCGGCGCCAGGACGCGAAAAGCCUCGCUCGACCUGCGACACCUGCGCAGCGUGAUCGAAGAACUCUCACGCUUCUGCCAUCAGCAGCAAGUCCAGGGGCAUGGCCAGGGCGCCAACAGCAGCACCGGUAGUGAAGAGGGUUGCGGUGGUGAAGGGGGUCGGGGAAUUCCGAAGGCAGGAUUGCUGACGCAGCCUCUCAAAGCAGCAGAAGACACGCCUUCGAUGGGGCCAACAACAGCAAGAGAGCCAGAGCGAGAUGAUGCGGCUGCGAGCGGUAGCCGUAGCGGGAGGAGAGUCCUGCUGGCGGCAGUGUUUCCUUGCCCCGACGUGCCGCUGGAGGCUACCGGAGAAGCAUCAACCGCCGCCGCCGAAGAACCAAUAGCCGCCUCCCGCGACGAUCGAAGCGAGCAGCAGCGACAAGAACAGGAACCACAGCGACAACGCCGUUCGCGCGAAUCAUCCCGCCUCCUCCACCUCGCCCUUGCGUUCGCCGAGGCCCUCGAAGGCUGCGGAGUCUGGCUCGAGCCCGCCGACUUCGAGACACGCGUCCUCGCCCCUACCCGGGCCCUGAUCGACCGCCAGCUCGAAGAUUUCGGCGGUGGACAACCUCCGGCCGACGUCGUCGACUCUACCAGCGUUAUCCGUAGUAGCCGUGGGAGUGCUACUCGUGCCGUCGAACGCCCGAUGCCGCUGUUAUCGCCGUCGCCCCUCGGUGCCAGUACUACAGGUCCGUCAGCAGGAGCGGCAGUCGAGUACGCAGACAAAGAGGCGUUCGCCCGGAGUGCGGCCGAUGAGAUAGCCUCGCUCACUCGCCAGGCGACGGUGGAGACGGUCACGCCGGCGGCUCUGCUGCCCCGCCGUUGGGGCGGCGAAUCGGGAGGGACGGCGACCGGCGGCGGUCAUGACGGCCGCCGCCUGUGCAUGCUCGACGUGUUGUGGGCGGCUUCAUCCUUUCCAGCUGAAGGUGAGGGGCACGCCUAGCUGUCUUUACCCGCGGCACUUCCUCCUAUGUAUGUAGUGAUGUUCGACGCGGUCGAAGCGCCGUUUGCUGCCUCAAGAUCAGUCGGCACGGCAUAGCAAGAGAUACCGUAGCGUUGGCGCUCAACGGACGACGUUCGGGUUGACGGGUCACGGGAUCUUGUGGCAGUAGUCUGAGCAGGUUUUUUGUAUACAGGAAACAUGUUGGAUAAAGCAUACAAUCGGGGAAGUUGUGUUAGGGUUAGGUCUAGGGAAAAGGGUCUGGUACCCCCUCCCUGAUUUCAUAAUGAUACUGGUAGGGGUGUCAAAGCGGCGGAAUUUGGGGCCAAAUAAACGUCGGGUCCAUUCGUCAAAAUUUGAGGGGGGCACGCGGAUUUGUUUCUUUUUUGGUUAUUGAGAAUCCCGCUGUUAAUACUGAAUAAGCUAUACAUCAAAUCAAUUUGUUGUGCAGGCAGCUCUGCGUCCAGACAGCAGCAUGGCUCUUCAUGCGUUACACACACCUGGACACAAGUCCAAUAGAGGUGACUGUAAGGUAGGUUUUCCCUUAAAGUUAAAGGGCGGACGAACAACACCAAAAAACAUGUUUUUAUUGGGCUCUUUGCUCCACGCCCAUGGCGACCUUUGCUCUUCUCGUGAAAGCGACCUUACAGUCCUCUACCUUGGGUUUACAGCUGUACCACACAACAAACCGCAUCCGAAUCGCAUCAGCCAACCACGAGAUCUACAUGUCUGAAAACGGCCCCUUCAGUGGGGCUGCAGCGCCCACACCAGCAGACCCUCCCAAAAAAAAAAUCG